AUGUCUGACACCACAGCAGAGUCCAGCUCUGACUUUCAACAAGUGCCAACGUCGUUGGCUCCAUCGAAGCCACCUGCAGCUUCUACCAACACCAACGAAGCAUCCGCACAUGGAAAGAAUAGAUUCAGCUUGGAUGCUCUCCGCAUCCCUUUUGUCUCGUCUCCUCGCAAAGCAAGCGUUACCACCUGGAUAUCCAAAGCUGACUCCGAUCAUCUUCAAGACGCUGGCCCAGCCGUGCUGACCACAACAGCGAAUCUCAGCGAACCAAAGCCAGUUUCCGGGACGCACCCCUCUCCAAUCACUGAUGCACCGAUUGCAGCUACAACAACAACAUCCACGGAGCAUGACUCUCCUGCAACACAGCAGCUGGCACCACCCAACGAGCUUCGACCCAAACCCUCAUCGCUUGCCUCUGCUCAGCGCCCAUCUAGAACUACUUCACCACACCGCGUCAGCUUCAGUCCUUCUACCGAAGAGGUCGCCGACCUACGCGAACAAUCUCUGGCAUUUGCUACUCUCGGCCAGAACGCCGAAACCAAGGCAGACAGGGUCGAUGAAGAACGACAUCCACAGCAUCCAUCCAAGUCCAAGGCCAAGGGCAAGUCGAAAGCAAAGACGAGCAAGUGGAGAGCUUUCAAGUCCAAAUCGACAUCAGACCUCACCAAUACUUCACGUAGGGUGAGCAUGGACUCGACGCUCACCGUCUCAUCGGCUGCCAGCUCGAGCACCUCCGAACGCUUCGAAGACCGUGCUGCACUUCCAGGAGCAGCCGCAGCUAAGCGUCGACUAUUCCGGUGGGACAGGAAGGGCAUUCACCACUCGGGAGUCAGCGACAAGGGCAAAGUGGCCAAGGUCAAAGUCACCAAGCAUCAGGCCCUCGCUGCUCGUCACGCCAAGACACUAGAGCAAGUCAUCAAUGCAGGUAUGGGCCUUCAUCCUGUUCUGCCGCCUAGCAGUUCUGCUGCUGCUGCCCAACAAGUAACAGCCAAAGGCGGCAACAAGGCAAACGUUCCUCGAGCAAAGCCAAUUCCGGUCGUCGAUCGCUCACAAUUGAGAGGGCUCAAAUCAGCUUUGCUCGAUGUCGACUUGGCCAACAAUAUCAUCAGCGAGCUCCGAAAUAUGCCGGUCCCUCUUGACGCUCUUCGCAGCGGUCUGGGCAAGAUUGUUCCCGACGUUCACAUUGGCACCGCGGGAGAGCAUGGUGAGGAACGCAUCCUUGUAGCCAGUCUUCCGGACGCCGCGCUAGAAGGAAACGACAGCAAGGAUGACAGCGAGAUCCGCAAGAGGCCCGGCGCCACCCCUGAGGCUCUUGGCCCUGCUGCAGCAGCUGCGUCGACUGCACGCGAACGGCCUCCUCUUGGGCGAAAAGCCAAAUCGGCGGCCGAAGAGGCUCUCCGCAAGAUCACCCUACAGGCUGAAGCAAGCGCUCCGCCUCAGAAAGCUCUCGUCACCGCACGCACCUCUUCGCUUCCGCCUUUUGCUGACGACAGGUGUGCGAGCGCUGCGUCAUCACCCAUUCCAGCACAGUCAACUCCAGUGACCAAGGCUGCGACUGGUGCGUCAGGAGCUCGCCCUCUCAAGAUGGUUUGUCUCGACUGCGAUGAACGCGAAGCGCAUCAAAGGCACGCUCAACACCUGGAUGCUGCCACAGUCGUGACAAGCGAAGCUAACACCAAUUCGGCGGACGGGAAUGGUGCAUUCGGUGUUGCCUCCAUUGCUACUGGUGCCGCUGCCGCUCUCGCCGGUGUCGGUGGCUUGCUCGCUACCCGCUCUGCUGUGACGUCUCCAGAUGAGCCAUCCGCCGCAGCUGUAAAGAAUGUGUCAUCGAGUGCUAGGCGCCCCAUGCUCAAGAGCUUGUCGAUGGCCAACUUGCCUACACUUCAGGACGGACAGCGUCUAAUGGGAUCGACACCAUUGCAGCUGCUGAUGGAUCCCGUCGGCACAGCGGCUCAGAACUCUGGUGCCUUCGAUGUUCUCGCCAAUGUCUCCGGUGCUGCAAUUCGAGCAACCCAGGACAUGGACUCGAUUCACCCACCACUGGAUCGCAUGGCCAUCUUUAUUCAUUGGUGGGGCUUCGAGAUCACGCUUCCCAAGGCAUCGAUAGCUUAUCUGGGCACAGCACACUCAGUCUCUGGCGCUUUCCUGUCAUUCUUGCAGACCAUGGCGGUAGGUGGAGGUGUUCCGGAGCUUUUGCCCUUCAUCAAGUACAUCUCGAUGUUCAUGGAGGUUGAGUACAAGGCAAUUCAGGCGCAAGAUCAAGGUCACGGUGUCUGCAUUGCUGGAACCUGGUUCAUGCCGCUCGCUCUUGUGCCGCGGCCCUGGGACUAUCCGCUCGAUGGACCGAGCGCCGAAACGCCUGCACAGGGUACCAAGUCAUUCUCAGCUAUGCCAGCAGCCAUGGCAGAUGUCGAGCCCGCGAUAGCACCUAGUCUCGUGUCCUUGACCGACCCAGCAGGUGCCCCAAAACGACACGUCUUUAAGAAGAAACAGUCUGUCGUCGCUGAGGCCUCCAUCGCUCAAGUUGCAGUGCUCGGCAACAGCCCUCCACCGCAGCAGCCUGUUCCGCCCAAGCGCAACUUGAGUCCAUCACAAAUGGCCGCUAUCCAAGCUGCAAGGACGGAGAAGAUCCCUCACGACCUCAGUCCUCGCCACUCACGAGCGUCCAGCAUUGCAUCUGCUAAGAGCGGCAAAGUUCUUGCUGACCUGAACCACACGACCAAUGCUCCAAUUACCGGCGUACAGAUUGAGGCAGCUCUAGCCAGUGUCCAAGAGUUGCCAGAGAUCGGGUCGCUUCGCAUCAAAGCAUAG